ACGCCACACUACUUUAACAAUCAAUACAUUUUUUGUUUUCCCCCUAUAAAUACCAGCACUAACAUCUACUCAUCCACUUCAUUCCAUUCUUGUUUUUCUUCUUUGCACCUUCUGUUUUGAGAUCCCUAAAAUGGAGAGUUUUGAUGCUAAAAAUAUGCAAAGCCCACCUUUGAAAUGUUACAAAUAUUUGUUGGGAACACAGAUUAUGUUGAGAAUUAUGGCAACUGCAUUCACAUUGGCGUCCACUUGGAUUAUUCUUACCAGCAAGCAGACUGUUACUGUAUUUGGCAUUGAGAUGGAUGCUCGUUAUAGCUAUUCUCCAAUUUUCAAGUUCUUUGCUUUUGCAAAUAUCAUAGGAUGUGCCUUCUCUGUUAUGUCCCUGUUUCUUUUCUCUGUUUUAGGCCAUAAGGGACUUGAGCCAAAGAACUACUUUUACAUGUUCCUUCAUGAUUUGAUUGCAAUGGCACUGCUGCUAGCUGGAUGUGCAGCAGCAACAGCAGUUGGAUAUGUGGGGAAAUAUGGAGAGAUGCAUUCAGGAUGGAUGCCCAUUUGUGACCAUGUUUCCAAAUUCUGUCACAAAGUUACAAAUAGUGUCAUGCUCUCCUACUUUGCUGUGCUUUUCUACCUCUGCCUCACCAUAAUAUCUGCAAAUCAAUCCAGACAGAUCCAAGUUUAACACUUCAGAAGUAUCUUAAUUAGCAGUGAAGAAGCCCAAGAAAGUUCGUUUUGCAUCAACAUAUCAGAGAGUAGAAACAAAAAAAUUGAGCAACUAAUUAGGUUUAUUCUUCACUAUUCUGAAUUGAUGCAAGGUUGUUUGAGGGCUACUGAGUCCAAAUGCGCGUUGUAUAUUAGUUGUCGGCUAUAGUGUGCAAGAUAUUUGCAGAUCAAUCUUUUAAUUUGAGUUGUAUUAAGAGUUCAACCCUGUUUAGUUUAAGUUAGUAAUGACCUUUCUUUUCUCUUCUUUUUCAGUUGUAUGCAUGGUAAAUGUAAUGUCACUUCUUUUAUACUCUAAACGAUUUUAAUUCAACAAGUAUAAUGCUAGAUGGCAUCAAUAUUUGGAGGCUGUUCAAUUGGUCCG